UAAAGUUGAUUGUUUCCCGUGAUUAUACUCAAUAUAUAAACUCAAUUCUCAUCUCAUUUAGAAAACACCACACAGAUAGUAAAGAAAUACAUUACCUCAAGAAACACACACCCCCCCAUGUUCGAAUUUUUAUGGCCACGUUUUCCCGGCAAAAUCCCUAACUGAAAUUCCUAAAUGUCCAAACUACCCCUCUUCAUGCUGAAAUUUCCUUUUCAUUUCCUCUUAUUGCUCAGUGUCAUAGUACCCUUUCAAGUAUUUUCACAAUCAGAAAAUACCGAACAAACAGUCCUACUCUCCCUCAAACGUGAAUUGGGGGACCCACCGUCGCUCCGAUCAUGGGAACCGUCACCGUCGGCGCCGUGCGACUGGGCGGAGAUUCGCUGCGAUAACGGCUCCGUCACGAGGCUCCUCCUCUCCCGCAAAAACAUCACCACCAACACCAAGAACCUCUCUUCCACAAUCUGCAACCUCAAACACCUCUUCAAGCUCGACCUCUCCAGCAACUUCAUCUCCGGCGAGUUCCCGACAACGCUGUACAACUGCUCCGACCUCCGGCACCUCGACCUGUCGGACAACUACCUCGCCGGACAAAUUCCCGCCGACGUCGACCGCCUCAAAACGCUCACUCACCUUAACCUCGGCAGCAACUACUUCUCCGGCGAGAUCAUGCCGUCGAUCGGAAACCUGCCGGAGCUGCAAACUCUCCUCCUCUACAAAAACAACUUCAACGGAACCAUCCGCGGGGAAAUCGGAAACUUGUCCAAUCUCGAAAUCUUGGGUUUGGCUUAUAACCCAAAGCUCAAAGGCGCGAAAAUCCCGUUGGAGUUUGCCAAGUUAAGAAAACUGAGGAUCAUGUGGAUGACGCAGUGUAACUUGAUCGGAGAGAUUCCAGAAUAUUUCGGGAAUAUUCUCACGAAUCUGGAACGGUUGGAUUUGUCGAGGAACAAUCUAACAGGGAGCAUUCCUCGGAGUUUGUUCUCGCUGAAGAAGUUGAAGUUCUUAUACUUGUACUAUAACAGUUUGUCGGGUGUAAUACCUAGUCCUACGAUGCAGGGUUUGAAUUUAACCGAACUUGAUUUCUCUAAGAACAAUUUGACGGGUUCCAUACCCGGAGAGCUUGGAAACUUGAAGAGUUUGGUUACCUUGCACUUGUAUUCGAAUUACUUGUCUGGUGAGAUUCCAACAAGUUUAAGCCUACUUCCUAGUCUUGAGUAUUUCAGGGUUUUCAACAAUGGUUUGAGUGGAACACUGCCUCCAGAUCUAGGCUUGCAUUCGAGGAUUGUUGCGGUUGAGGUUUCAGAGAAUCAUCUCAGUGGUGAGUUGCCGCAGCAUUUGUGUGCAAGUGGUGCUCUCAUUGGUUUUGUUGCUUUUUCUAACAAUUUUAGCGGGGUUUUGCCUCAAUGGAUUGGGAAUUGUCCUUCUCUCGACACGAUUCAGGUUUUUAAUAAUAAUUUCUCUGGGGAGGUACCUUUGGGUUUGUGGACUUCGAGGAACAUUUCCUCCUUGGUUCUGAGCAACAACUCCUUUUCUGGGCCUCUUCCGAGUAAAGUAUUUUGGAAUACAAAAAGGAUUGAGAUAGCGAACAACAAGUUCUCCGGAAGGAUAUCUAUUGGGAUUACUUCGGCGGCAAAUUUGGUGUAUUUUGAUGCGAGAAACAACAUGCUUUCCGGUGAAAUUCCGAGGGAAUUGACGCAUCUUUCUCAACUUAGUACUCUCAUGCUUGAUGGUAACCAACUUUCUGGUGCCCUUCCAUCUGAGAUUAUUUCAUGGAAAUCACUGAGUACUAUGACACUCUCAAGAAACAAACUCUCUGGCAAAAUCCCUAUUGCUAUGACCGCUCUUCCUAGCUUGGCUUACUUGGACUUGUCCCAAAAUGACAUAUCAGGUGAAAUCCCACCUCAGUUUGAUAGAUUGAGGUUUGUUUUUCUCAACUUGUCUUCCAACCAAAUAUAUGGGAAAAUCUCUGAUGAGUUUAAUAACCACGCAUUUGAAAACAGUUUCUUGAACAAUCCUCAUCUGUGUGCUUACAAUCCAAACGUCAACCUUCCUAACUGCUUGACCAAAACCAUGCCACACUCUAGCAAUUCAUCUUCAAAAUCACUUGCCCUGAUUUUGGUUGUCAUCAUCGUUGUGUUGUUGACCAUAGCCUCCUUGGUCUUCUAUAUGUUGAAAACGCAAUGGGGCAAACGGCACUGCAAGCAUAAUAAGAUUGAAACGUGGAGGGUCACCUCAUUCCAGAGGCUUGAUCUCACGGAAAUAAAUUUCCUCUCAAGUUUGACAGACAAUAACCUCAUAGGAAGUGGAGGGUUUGGGAAAGUUUACCGGAUUGCUUCAAAUCGUCCAGGUGAGUAUUUUGCGGUGAAGAAGAUUUGGAAUCGCAAGGAUAUGGAUGGCAAGUUGGAGAAAGAGUUUAUGGCUGAGGUUGAGAUCCUGGGUAAUAUUCGGCACUCGAAUAUAGUGAAGCUUUUGUGUUGUUAUGCUAGUGAAGACUCCAAACUUCUUGUUUAUGAAUACAUGGAAAAUCAGAGCCUGGACAAAUGGCUUCAUGGAAAGAAGAAAACGUCACCUUCUAGGUUGAGUUGGCCAACGAGGUUGAAUAUUGCCAUUGGGACUGCACAAGGUCUGUGUUACAUGCACCAUGAUUGCUCACCCCCGGUCAUCCACCGAGAUGUCAAGUCUAGCAAUAUACUGUUGGACUCAGAGUUCAGAGCUAAAAUAGCAGAUUUUGGUCUCGCCAAGAUGUUGGCAAAGCUUGGUGAACCACACACCAUGUCUGCUCUAGCAGGCUCUUUUGGCUACAUUCCACCAGAAUACGCCUACUCAACAAAGAUUAACGAGAAGGUUGAUGUAUAUAGCUUUGGGGUUGUGCUCUUAGAACUUGUGACAGGAAGAAAUCCUAAUAAAGCAGGCGACCAUGCAUGCAGCCUAGUUGAAUGGGCGUGGGAGCAUUUUAGUGAAGGGAAGAGCAUUACUGAUGCAUUCGACGAGGAUAUCAAAGAUCCAUGUUAUGCAGAACAGAUGACGAGUGUCUUCAAAUUAGCUCUCCUUUGCACAAGCUCGUUGCCCUCAACUAGGCCUUCCACGAAGGAGAUUUUGCAAGUUCUUCAUCGGUGUUGCCAUUCAGGUUCUACACGUAGAAGAGUGGGAAACGAAUUUAAUAUCACCCCUCUUCUUGGUGAUACAAGGUACAUCUAUAGUUACAAGGAGAGUAAUGCUGCAAGCAAUAACUCAUCUUGGUGAUACAAGGUACAUUUUCUAGUUACAAGGAGAGUAAUGCUGUACGUAAAAAAGAAGUUUGUACGGUGUGUAAAUUAUAUGCGUGAAAGAAUAAUUAAAUGUCAGUACUACAGAAAAUGAAUUAGAAAUAAUGUUGUAGAAUUUUCAUUGGAGAAAUCAUGGAUAUGAUUAACUCAAUUUAAUAACUUUUACACAUUAGGGCUUUAUUUAACCAAUACGAUUGUCCAAGUGAUCAGCAUAGUUCAGUAUAAUUCCCUGCUUCAUCACCCAUACUCUGAAGGGUAAUAAACACCAAACAAAUUAAGUACGCAAAAAUAAAAGAAAACCAUGUGAGAACACUAAUGAAAUAAACCAUUUUCACAAGGCCAACGAAACCCUAGACAGAAUAAUCCUCCCCACCGUAACUUCCAAAGCAAGGAUAGACAAGGAAGGCUACCCUAUUCUGCCGCCAAAAUAUUUUUGUUUUACCGUUUUCUCAGCUAAAUAACCUAGCCGAAAUAGCUGUUUCUUACAUUAACACAACGUAUCGAUCACAUCCACAUCACAAGCAAACAACAAAGUUCCCACUCCUUUUAAAUCCAGGUAAGUAAAUAUGUUAAGGUUUAUGAGACAAUUCAUAGCUCUGAAGAUGAUAUGAGCCCAUGUUUCCCACAUCAUGUUGUUCAUCUAUUGUACACAUACGACCAUCCAUCGCAACUCCAUACCACAAACCCCAAUCUCUUUCACUGCCAUCAUUUGUAUCAGCUCCUCACUGUUCAAUUAUAACCUUAGUCCCAUUCACAGGAUCUCAGCACAGCAACAGCCACAACAUAGCACAAGGUAGCAGCGUGAGCAGCAAUUUCAGCCAUUCACCUCCCAAAUAUCAUGUGAUUUACUCCAAACUCAUCCUCCUACAAAACCAAAACCAAAACCAAAGAGCACAGUAUAAAAAUAUUCUUAUUCAUGGCAAGAGUUGAAAAGCGAGCUUUUCACAAGUUCCACAAAGAUUCUGACCUAGCCCCAUCUUCAAUUUAUACAACACUUCCGAGACUGACAUCUGGCUAUACACAAUAUAGAAAAUAGAAAGAAUAAUAACAAUUAGGAAGAAAAAAGUAUUAAACAAAAAA